AUGGGACACAUGAGCUACCCCUCCCAGAUGGAUAGCCCCUCCAGGCAACUCGUCCUGGAUUUAGCACGGGACCUUGAACAGCUCCGCGUGCACAACACCGAGUUGAAGAAGGUCAAAGCCUACGAACGCCGAUCCUUUUAUGAAAAUCUUGACCGAAUCGAUAGCGAACUUGAGGCCCAGCACAAUGCGGCCCUUGACAAAGCUGCCGCUCUGCAUGAUCGCGUACUGGUGGAGGCCGAGGAGACGUUGCGCGCACACCAGAGAGCGGUAGAGGAGGAGCUCCGUCGAAGAGAGGAGGAGGCACGGAAAGAAGCGGAACGCAUAGAACGAGAGAAGGCAGAGAAACUACGGCGAGAGCAGGAGGAGGCUGCACGGCGUGAAGCUGAGCGCAGAGCAGCCGAGGAAGCAAAGAAAAAGGCGGAGGAAGAGGCGGAGAGGAAGAAGAAAGCGGCGCAGGAAGAAGAGGCGCGGAAAGAACGACGGCAGGUUGGAGGCGCCCGUCUUACGGACGAAGAAAUCAAGAUCCAGGCCCGCUACGUGGAAUUACAUCAACAUCUUAAGAAAUUCCGGCAAUACUUGAAGAACGAAGCGAAAACAAAUGCCGUUGUCAAGCAGAACAUGGGCGAUAUGCGGCGAACGAUCAAGAAAUGUGUUGGUCAACUACGUGAAGGCAAGGGAGCUAACAAAACACAGCUUCAAGAGAUUCGUACUACGCUGGAGAAAGCUGCCUCCAUUGCUGAACCGUCGGUGGAUGUUCGCCAGUUCAUCGCUUUCCCGCCCGAGAAUAUUGCCAAUUCCGAUGACAACAAGGUGCCUGCCCUUUUAAUCUACGCCUUGAACAUCUUCUCCAAGUGCAUGAUUUCUUCCCUCAUAACGGAGGCGUCCAUCAACCUGGGCCAUGCGGAGCCGGUCGGGAUCGUCGCGGCCCAGAUAUUCUCCGCCGAUGCCUUCAUCUACAAGGGCUGCCACAUGGUCGACAUUCUAUUGGCCAAGUACCGUGUCGUUUGCCCAGCGCUGUGGGGAUUCCAUGGCAGUGAGAAGACCGAGGGUGGCCGACGUGCCCUGGGUUGGUGGCGCGAAGGGCCGGACGGGCCGUACAUCAGCGAACAGGCCCACGCCGACCGAAUGACAGCUCUAGGUGCGGGUUAUGCGGCCUUGACCCUGCGCAAUUUUGGCAAAACCGCGCGCAAGAACCCUUUCCCCAACACCAUGUUUUGGUAUACCAUGCAUAAAAUCCUGAAUAUCCCCCCGGCAGAGAUCCAGGAUACCCAUGUUACCCUGCUUUCGGCUAUGCUGAAAUCGUCGGCCGAAAGAAUUGUUGGUUUCUUCGGGCAUAUCGGACUGGCGCUGAUGAGGAAGGCUAUAGUCGAAUUGCCCGAAAGCCUGCCCCGGCAGAGCAUGAGUGUUAACCAACUCAAGCUCCUCAAGGAUCUGUAUAAACGAGAGAAGAACAUUUUGCUGUGA